AUGGAGACAUCCCUGUCGACGCAGCCUUGUUGGCUGUUGAACCUACCAGAUGAACUCAAACUCCAAGUAGUCAACUAUAUCGAUAAACGGAGAGAUUUGUAUAAUCUAUCGCGGACAAGUCGUAUCUUUGAGGGCAUGGUUAUGAUCAGACUCUACCACAAUGUCGACUUCGAGAUGUCCCAAUCAAGACCUUCGAGAAAGCCUGGGAUGCCCGCAUUCCGCGAACCCGUCACUCAAUCUGUUCGAGAACUCACAAUCAGAAAUGGGGUGGCAGACAGAAGAAACUCAGUCCAUAACCGAAGGAGAAAAUCUGACGCCAGUUCCGCCGAUGGCUACGUGAUUGAGAUACUUGAACAGGUCCCUGCAAAUCAAUUGACGAGUUUUGCUUUCCUUCACCGAACUGCCAUGACCCGGAAAAUGCUAGACCUCCUUACCCAGCGACACGACACGACACUUCGACAUCUGCGCUUCUAUGAGAUAGCGGCCCGGCAAGAGGACCACCUUUUCCCGACAAACUUGGCCAGCCUCGAAUGCCGCACUGUCAAUGAAGGAGAUGGAGUAGAGAAGAUUCUUUCCGCAAAUAAAAAGAGCCUCCAAAGACUAAGACUGGGACAAGAGAAGCACCUCAUGGAACAUUACCACAGGACUAGAGUCGGGUUUCUGGAGCAAAUACCACAACCCAUGGAGACAUUCUUUGCAUCCGUGUUCGCAUUGGAAAAUUUCCUUCACCUGCGCGAAUUGUCACUCUACGGCUUGGACGUCACGAUGCUCCGACCCGCCUCGGUUUCUCAGGCUCUGUUCCUUUGCAAUCUUGAGCGCCUUACUCUGGAGUCCUGCCCUGGAAGCGCUGAACUAUUGGAAUCUGUCGCCGGCACAUUCCACUGGGCCUCCCACUCUCCUGAGGCGCCGCAAAACCCACGGAUCCUACCUUCGUUGAAACAUUUUCUUUUUCGACACGAGAGUCCCACCAACGCCUUGAAAGACGCCAUCAUCCGCUUUCUAACGUCCUUUACCGGUCUUCGGACGUUGUCCCUACUUUUCGAAAAUGCUGCGUUUCUUGAACGUUCUUCAACCUUCAUCGCCGAACAUGGACCAACCCUUCAAACCCUAGUCCUCGAAUCCCGCAUCCAGCCUCGCGAACAUCUGAGCAUGGACACGUCCCGCCCCUUCGGAGUUGGUGGUUACAGUCAGGAGCUGUGGGCAGAGACAAUCAACGAUACCGCACGUCUUUGUCCACGACUGGAGGAACUCGGUAUGGGCUUCCCCUGGAACGACGAGACGGUACGGUUGCGCAAAACUGCCUUACCAACCCUGCAGCACCUCAGGACCAUCCACAUCCGCAAUUUCCCCGAGAAUCACGUCUUCAGCCAACUCGGCGACUACAGCAUUAAAGAGUACGCGACAAAAUUCAUCGAGUGGGUAUUUCCUACCCUCGUGGGCGGUAACAGACCGAGUCUCGAACACCUCGCUAUUGGGCCCACGCUGUAUGAGAGCAGGUGGAAGAUCUCCCCGUCGACGACUUCGUCCGGCGCGACUGUACCGAGACGCCAGCCGCCUGAAUUCCUGCGCACACAUCAUUUUUGCCUCGACUGGGCCAAGACGCGUUUUGGGCGAUGGAGUCCGCUCAUCACGUCUGUGUCGGAGAAAUUCAUGGAGGAGAUGGCGGAAGAGAAGCCGCUUGGGGGUGUUUUCGAACAAGUUUGGCUCCGAUAG